UAUGCAAUCGCCCGGCCACGACCCACUGGCGGUAGUGGCAGUACAAUCCCCAGCUCAGCAUCGCCUCCCAUGGCCUCCUCCUCCUCCAGUUGUCACAAAGGCCGCCGCCUUGCCGCCGGCAUUGCGCUCCUCCUCCUCCUCCUCGCCGGCAAUGCCGCCGCCUACCCCGGCGGCGGCGGUGACCUGAGGUACCAGUUCCUGUCGCAGCAGAACGCGGCGCGGGCGUCGAUGGGCCUGCCGCCGCUGGUGUGGGACGAGCGCGUGGCGUCGUACGCGCGGUGGUACGCGCAGUCCCGGCGCGGCGACUGCGCGCUGGUGCACUCGUCGGGGCCCUACGGCGAGAACCUCUUCUGGGGCAGCGGCACCGGGUGGGCGCCCGCGCAGGCGGUCGGCGCCUGGCUCUCCGAGCGCCCCCGCUACGACUACUGGAGCAACAGCUGCUACGGCGGCAUGUGCGGCCACUACACGCAGAUCAUGUGGCGGAGCACGCGGCGGGUGGGCUGCGCCAUGGUCACCUGCUACAACGGCCGGGGAACCUUCAUCACCUGCAACUACGACCCGCCGGGGAACUACGUCGGCGUGCGCCCGUACUGAGCGGCGGCUACUGGUUAACCGGUGGCCGGGCGCCGGUGAACGAUCACCUACUACCUCUUCUUCCAUGCCACUAUCGCCUUGAUCCGCGGGGCCACCCUCCGCACGGCUGCUAGCGAGCUAGCUGGCCGGCAUGCUGCUGCAGCCUGGCUCUCGCUGCCCACCAUUAAUUCGUUGUCACGACAUUGGUCGAGAUGCUACAAGUGUACAAAAAUGCAUCAUUAUUUGUUACGGUACUACCAUGCAUUACUAUUUACUUUCUUCUUCUUUUUCCCUGCCAAGAUAUAUCUAUAUAUACCGCGAGGUUAUUCGUAGGACCCGGGAAACUGCAACGAAAUUUGAGCUAACAGAAUGAGAACCUCGUUUUCCCCUU